GAUGCUAGCUGCAUUGUCCCCCGUUAGUUACGGUAGCUAAGUGGUUGAAGACGGAUCGCACAAGUUGUAGUACAUCAGUUCAAAUAUAUAUUAGAAAAACAGUUACUUCAAGAUGAAGAUGCUAUUAGCAGCAAUCGCUUUGACACUGGUGAUUAGUGCAUUUGCUGCCCCGCUGGAUGAUUCCCGAAAUGCCGAGAUCUUGCGGUACAGCAGCGAAAACAUUGGAAUUGAUGGCUAUCGAUUCGAGUUCGCCACAAGCGACGGUACAAGCCGAACGGAGGAGGCUGAGCUGCGUAAUCCCGGCACGGAUAAUGAGGCGAUUGCCGUACGAGGAUCCUACUCAUAUACCGGGCCCGAUGGGACCGUGUACGUGAUCAACUACGUUGCGGAUGAGAACGGAUUCCAACCGGAAGGUGCACAUAUUCCCAAGUAGUUUGGUCAUUCAAACUCCAAAUCAGCCUUAUCCAGUAGCCAAAUUAUAGUGACAAAUUCUUUUGCGGGAGAACCUUUCGGUUUUUAAUGCAUUUCACUGUAGAGAGUCAAGAACAAGUCAUCUCCGUCUUUAGUUUCGAGAAUUCCUCCCAUCCACGAUCAGUUUGCUGAUGCGAUCAUGUUUGAUUUAAAAAAUAAAAAGCAAAAAAUACCUCCAAAA